UAGGCAUUUUUAAACCAUAAAACCAAAACCUUCUGCUGAUAAAUUUAUGCCCAUUAACAUCCAAAGCAGUCCCAAGAAAGAACAGGGCAAAAACAGAACAGAAACAGAGAUGGGUUGCAAUAGCUCCAAGGCUGAGCCACCACCGUUGGAAAACACCAUGCAUCAUCAUCAUCAUGCAGACGUUGCAGAGUUCCAAAAACCCAAAACCCUAAAAGAAGAAGUAGUGCUACAGAUUCCAGGAUGCAAAGUUCAUCUGAUGGACCAAGGCGAGGCCCUCGAACUCGCACAAGGUCACUUCACGAUCAUGAAGAUCAUGGAGCAGAACGUGGCACUAGCAACCAUUAUAAAAGUUGGAAACAGUGUUCAAUGGCCUCUAACGAAAGACGAGCCGGUGGUGAAGGUGGAUGCUCUUCACUACCUGUUCUCUCUGCCUGUGAAAGAUGGUGGGGAGCCUCUUAGCUAUGGUGUCACCUUUCCAGAACAGUGCUAUGGGAACAUGGAGAUGUUGGAUUCUUUUCUCAAGGAUCACUCUUGUUUUUCUGGUUUGGAAAGGAAUAAGAAGAGUGAUCUUAAAUGGGAGGAGUUUGCUCCAAGGGUUGAAGAUUACAAUCAUUUUCUGGCAAGGGCAAUUGCAGGAGGGACUGGCCAGAUUGUUAAGGGUAUCUUCUUGUGCAGCAAUGCUUACACCAACCAGGUCCAAAAAGGAGGGGAAACGAUCCUAAAUACUGCUGCAGAAAAGAACAAUGGUGGCAUGGUCACAGAAAGUAUGAACCACAGGAGUGAUGCCACAAAGAAUAAUGCAACGAACGAUAACCUCAAACGUGUGAGAAAGCUGACAAAUAUGACAGAAAAGUUAACCAAAUCUUUGCUUGAUGGUGUUGGAAUAAUGAGUGGAUCAGUGAUGACUCCAGUGCUGAAAUCCCAACCAGGACAGGCAUUCCUAAAUAUGCUCCCUGGAGAGGUGCUGUUGGCUUCCCUUGAUGCCGUCAAUAGAGUUUUUGAAGCAGCUGAAGCUGCUGAAAAACAAACCUUUUCUGCCACCUCUCAAGCUGCAACCAGAAUGGUUUCUAACAGGUUUGGGGAAGAAGCAGGAGAGGCUACUGAGCAUGUGUUUGCAACUGCAGGACAUGCUGUUAACACUGCUUGGAAUGUCUCUAAGAUACGGAAGGCCAUCAAUCCAGCCUCUUCAGCAAAUGCUGCAGGAGCACUGAGAAAUUCUGCCAAAAAUAGAAAUGUUAUAUAUUAAAUUCCUAUCAUGUACUGCUUUAUGUUUGACAAUGGUGAAGGCAUAAAAUUUUGCCUAUACAUAUUGCAAUAUCAUUUUGGUUGUUAUAUGUAAGUAUUAAUGUGUGUAUUGGUCAUCCCAAAGCAGACCUUAGAAGAAACAAACUAUAAAAAGUGUCCACAUGAAAAAGCUCCUAAUGUAAGUAAGAUAGCAUUAUUAUGCUUUCAGCCU